AUGUGGAAUAGGUAAGAUCUUUAUCAUUAUUUCAUCGAAACAAUGUCACGUUUCAAAAAUCCGUGUUUCAUUGUUUUGGGAUGAAUAAAAAUCAUUUUCAUUUUCUGUUUUCUGGUAAUUUUUUUGUGAAAAUUCAGAAAAUUCGCAAUUUUUGGUUUAUGCUUUGUGAGUUUCUAAAUUUUCUGUGAUUUUCAGCCGAAAAAUCCUGAAACUUUCACAAAAAUCAACAUUUUUUUCAGAUUUGCUCGAAACUCUGCUCAAUUCUUCAUUUUUUCUCCUCCGUUUUUAUUUUGUCAGUUUUAUUUUGUAUUGUUCCGAAAAAUCAAAAAAAAAGUUAAUUUGCAGACCACGGUGGUCUGCUUUUUAACUCAAAAAAGCGUGAAAAGUUAAAUUGCAGACCACGGUGGUCUGCUUUUUAACUCAACACACCAUGCAAAGUUAAUUUGCAGACCACGGUGGUCUGCUUUUUAACUCAACCCACCAUGCAAAGUUAAUUUGCAGACCACGGUGGUCUGCUUUUUAACUCAACCCACCAUGCAAAGUUAAUUUCCAGACCACGGUGGUCUGCUUUUUAAUUCAAAAAGGCGUGCAAAGUUAAUUUGCAGACCACGGUGGUCUGCUUUUUAACUUAAACCCCCAUGCAAAGUUAAUUUGCAGACCACGGUGGUCUGCUUUUUAACUCAACACACCAUGCAAAGUUAAUUUGCAGACCACGGUGGUCUGCUUUUUAACUCAACCCACCAUGCAAAGUUAAUUUGCAGACCACGGUGGUCUGCUUUUUAACUCAACACACCAUGCAAAGUUAAUUUGCAGACCACGGUGGUCUGCUUUUUAAUUCAAAAAGGCGUGCAAAGUUAAUUUGCAGACCACGGUGGUCUGCUUUUAACUUAAACCCCCAUGCAAAGUUAAUUUGCAGACCACGGUGGUCUGCUUUUUAACUCAACCCACCAUGCAAAGUUAAUUUGCAGACCACGGUGGUCUGCUUUUUAACUCAACCCACCAUGCAAAGUUAAUUUCCAGACCACGGUGGUCUGCUUUUUAAUUCAAAAAGGCGUGCAAAGUUAAUUUGCAGACCACGGUGGUCUGCUUUUUAACUCAACCCACCAUGCAAAGUUAAUUUGCAGACCACGGUGGUCUGCUUUUUAACUCAACACACCAUGCAAAGUUAAUUUGCAGACCACGGUGGUCUGCUUUUUAACUCAACCCACCAUGCAAAGUUAAUUUCCAGACCACGGUGGUCUGCUUUUUAAUUCAAAAAGGCGUGCAAAGUUAAUUUGCAGACCACGGUGGUCUGCUUUUUAACUCAACACACCAUGCAAAGUUAAUUUGCAGACCACGGUGGUCUGCUUUUUAACUUAAACCCCCAUGCAAAGUUAAUUUGCAGACCACGGUGGUCUGCUUUUUAACUCAACACACCAUGCAAAGUUAAUUUGCAGACCACGGUGGUCUGCUUUUUAACUUAAACCCCCAUGCAAAGUUAAUUUGCAGACCACGGUGGUCUGCUUUUUAACUUAAACCCCCAUGCAAAGUUAAUUUGCAGACCACGGUGGUCUGCUUUUUAACUCAACACACCAUGCAAAGUUAAUUUGCAGACCACGGUGGUCUGCUUUUUAACUCAACACACCAUGCAAAGUUAAUUUGCAGACCACGGUGGUCUGCUUUUUAAUUCAAAAAGGCGUGCAAAGUUAAUUUGCAGCCCACGGUGGUCUGCUUUUUAACUCAACACACCAUGCAAAGUUAAUUUGCAGACCACGGUGGUCUGCUUUUUAAUUCAAAAAAGCGUGCAAAGUUAAUUUGCAGACCACGGUGGUCUGCUUUUUAACUCAACCCCCUAAAAAAUUGAGUAUUUUUCUAUCCCCCCUCAAAUUUCCAACUUUUUCCCCAAAUUUCCUAUUAAAUCUCAGAAUUUUCCAAUUAAACUAGUUAACAAAAGACAAUUUUAGAUUCUAAUCUCAAAAAUGAAAUCGAAAACUGUUUUUCUCGACCAAAAAAUCGCGAAAUCCCCUUAAUGAAAUCUUAUACAAUGCUAUUUGUGGUUUUUUUCAUAAUUUUCUUGAAAACCCUGAAUGUCACAAAUUCUGAGACAGGUAUUUUCGGUUGAAAAUCUAAUUUCGGGUUGAAUUUUGUUUUUGCAGCUGCCAAAUCUGAAAAUGAUAAAGUUUUUGUGGAAAGUGGGAAGACUGAGGAUGAUAUGAGGAUGGACACAGGUUUGAGAGAAAUAAUUGAAUUUUUGAAAUUCAAAAUUUUUUCAGCCAGUCGAAAAACGCCCGAAAGCCAUCCGAAAAAUCUGGAACACUACAUCGAGCUGCUGAAUCGCACUAAUUCCGAAGAUCUAAGCAUCGCCACCAUCAACGACACCAUCAACACGUGUCAAAUCGGCGCCAAAAACAACGUGACUACGCGAUUACUCCCAGAUCAACAUUUGCAUGAGAGAUGGAGAAAGCAGAAUGUUAUUAAUGAUAUGAUUACUAUGAGAUAUGGAGAACUUCGGCUAAUUUCGGCUUUUGUGUAUUCGGAUUUUGUGGCGGUGGUUUUUAGUAUGUAUGGAAGGGAAAAUAGUAGGUUGGUAGAUUUUUGAAGCGAAAAAAAUUGAGUUAUUUUGAUACCAGAUACAGAUACAGUUUUUGAUGUUUCUAGACUAAAAUUUGGCGCUGAAAACGCUGGAAAUCAUGGUUUUCAGCGAUUCUGGUUAUUUUCAGAACUUCCAGCGCAAAAUUUGGGUCAGGAAGCUUCUUGGAAGCUUGUAGUUUUAAUCAAGAUAGGCAUAAAUUAUAAAAAAAAACAAGAAACCUAUUUAAUAAAUGUUUCUAGACCGAAAAUUUUGCGCUGAAAAUGCUGGAAAUCAUGGUUUUCAGCGAUUCUGGUUGUUUCCAGCAUUUUCAGAGCAAAAUUUGGGCCCAGAUUUGUUUUUGAAGUGAACUUGUUGGUUAUUGAAUACUCAAUUUAUGUGAAUCUCGAAAAACCUAUUUAAUAUAUGUUUCUAGACUAACAUUAUGCGCUGAAAAUGCUGGAAAUCAUGGUUUUCAGCGAUUCUGGUUGUUUCCAGCAUUUUCAGCGCCGAAUUUCAGUCAGGAAAUAUGUUUGAAGCAAUAUUUUUGGUCAAGGCAGACUUAAAUUAUAAAAAUCUCAAGAAAUAAAGUUUCUAGACUGAAAUUUUGCGCUGAAAAUGCUGGAAAUCAUGGUUUUCAGCGUUUUCAGCGCUAAAAUUAGGUCUAGAAACUUGGUUAGCCUGAUGUAAAUGAUUACUUCGCAGUCUCGCAGUCACCUGUCAAUACUUCGACUGCAAUCACAAUCACAUCGGUUCCUACGAUUCCCGUAUCUACCCGAUUUCCGCAGUACGUUGCGUACGAAAAUUCGGCGCCGAAUUCAUCUCGAUUACCGUAGCCGGCGAGGAUGCGUCGGUACGAGACCCGAUUCAGAUUAUCGAUCGAACCGCGACGCAACCGCCGCACUUGAUUGGUGUGUGUGCCGGACAGGUUUAUGGGAAUGAGACGAGAUUUGUGGAUAUUGUGGAGAGUGUGGAGCAUCAUCGAAUGAUGGUGGGUUCAGACUAGAUUCUAGUUUAGCUCGACAUACAUAGUUAGCCUAAGUUCUCUACAUUUCCAGGGAGCCACAAUGUUCUACCUAACGAUUUUUGAUGCUGACGAACCUUUGGAUCGUGUGGUUUGGGAAUAUCAGCGGCUGGGAUUGAUGGAAGCCACGUAUGUGAAUCUGGAAUUUAGCCAAAUCACUUUUGAUUUUCAUCCGAUUCAAGUUGCCGUAAGUUUGAAAAAAGAAUUUGCGGAGAAAAUGGGUUAAUUUGAUACCAAACAUGAUUAUUAAUGUAAAAAGAUGUUUAUAGACUGAAAUUUUGCGCUGAAAAUGCUGGAAAUCGUGAUUCUCAAAGGUUUUAAUGAUUUCCAGCAUUUCCAGCACAAAAAUUGGGGCUGGAAGCUUUUUUGAAGCUUCGUUUUUGGUCAAGGUACACUUAAGUUAUAAAAACUUCAUAAGUGAAGCUUUCUAGACUGAAAUUUCGCGCUGAAAAUGCUGGAAAUCUUGGUUUUCAAAGGUUUUAAUGAUUUUCAGUGUUUCCAGCACAAAAAUUGGGUCUGGAAGCUUUUUUGAAGCAAUGUUUUUGCUCAAGGUACACUUAAGUUAUAAAAACUUCAUAAGUGAAGCUUUCUAGACUGAAAUUUCGCGCUGAAAAUGCUGGAAAUCUUGGUUUUCAGAGGCUCUCACUGUUUCCAGCACAAAAUUUGAAAAAAAUUAAUUUCAGGAUUGCUAUUAUCGCAGUCGAAUGCAUUCAAAAUGGGUUAUAAACCUGGACAUUGACGAGCGAUUUUUCAUGAAAAGUCCCACAAAUCUCCCGAAAUUCCUCGAAAAUCUUCCCGUUUCCCCGGAAAUAGUUGGCCUAACUUUUCAAGUUGCUCGAAUAAAAGUCGAAGAUCCCGGAAUUCUGAGCCAAGAAGAGCGAUUCUUCGAAAAAUACCGUGUUCAAUCGCGACCGAUGUGGAUCAAUUUGAAGUGUAUCUAUCAACAUCAAUACGCUCAUGUACCAUUUUUUCAUUUUCCAUGGAGAAUUUCGCCGACGAAACGAAUUAUGCAUUUUAAUAGCACUAUUGGGUAUUUUAGGUAAGGUUAGGGCCUUAUUUAGUGUAAAAAUGCUCCAAAUUUUCAGACAUUAUCGCCUGGUUUCGGCCACUCAUAUUGGUGCAAAUUGGGUCGAUUUAUACUCGCCAUUCUCCGAAAAUUCGAUGGAUCCAGAAUUUGCGAGAAAUUUGAAAUCUCGAAUAUCCCGAAAGUUAUCGUAUCUUUUCGAUAAACAUUACAUCAAAUGUGACUCGAUUAUUCAGUCGGAUUUCACGAAAUCCGAUUAUAUUGGACAGGGUUAUAAAUGUGUGUGAUUUUCAGCAUAAAUAUUGAUAUCUGAAAUGUUUAGCUUUAAUUUUGCAACGUGUACUCUACAGUAAUCCCCUCAGAAAUUCUGAAAAAAACAGAAAAUAUCAUCCAAAAAUAUCUGGGUGGAAAAUGUACGUUUCAAAAAUUUAUUUAAAAAAACAACACAAUUGCCCAUUUGAUUCGUCACAUUUAUAAUAAAUGAUUUAUUUAUCCCAUUAAUCAUCAUCACAAAAAGAAUUUGCAAAAGUUGAUGAUGAUGGAAGCCAAAGUUUGAGAAAGGAAUAUAAGGAAAGUACCAUGAUUUUCAGCGCAAAAUUUCAAUAUAGAAACUUUAUAUCUUGAAGUUUUCAUAAGUUAAGUGUGCCUUGACCAAAAAUCUUUCUUCAAACAUAGUUCCUGACUGAAAUUCUGCGCUGUAGGUGCUGGAAACAACCCGAGUCGUUGAAAACCAUGAUUUUCAGCGUUUUCAGCGCAAAAUUUGAGUCUAGAAACAUAUAUUAAAUAGGCUUUUUGAGAUUCACAUAACUUGAGUAUUCAAUAACCAACAAGUUCACUUCAAAAACAAAUCUGGGCCCAAAUUUUGCGCUGAAAACGCUGAAAAUUGUCGGAGUCGUUGAAAAUCAUGAUUUCCAGCACUUCCAGCGCAAAAUUUUAGCCCAGGAACUUUUACAAACCUAUUUCUUGAAGUUAAUAUACCUUAAGUAUACCUUGACCAACAAAAAGUCUCAAGAAGCUUCUAGACCAAAAUUUUGCGCUGAAAACGCUGAAAAUCAUCGAAAUCACUGAAAACUAUGAUUUCCAGCAUUUUCAGCGCAAAAUUUCAGUCUAGGAACUUCUACUUAUGUAUUGAUUUUUUUUUACAUAACUGCACUAUAACUUGAUCAACAAAAAAAAGUCACAUGAAGCUUCUAGACCAAAAUUUUGCGCUGAAAACGCUGAAAAUACUCAAAAUCGCUGAAAACUAUGAUUUCCAGCAUUUUCAGCGCAAAAUUUCAGUCUAGGAACUUCUACUUAUGUAUUGAUUUUUUUUUACAUAACUGCACUAUAACUUGAUCAACAAAAAAAAGUCACAUGAAGCUUCUAGACCAAAAUUUUGCGCUGAAAACGCUGAAAAUACUCAAAAUCGCGGAAAACUAUGAUUUCCAGCACUUCCAGCGCAAAAUUUCAGCCCAAAAAACCUCUGUUAACCCCAAUACAACAAUGCAAACAAACACAAACAAUCGUCGAGAAAAUUUCAAGGUCAACUUUUUUUUUCAAAAAAACGUAUACACGGCAUUUUGUUAACAAUAGGUACUACUUUCAUCAUGAUCGCUUUUUUCUUGACAUGCCCCGAAAAAUUUUGCUGAAAUUUCAGUUUUCUUGGGAAUUUUUCAAAUUUUCGCGCCCAAAAAAACGUGUUUUACCAUUAUCAUUAUUAUUUAUUUGUUUUUCUUACAACCCAUGGAAUUUUGUAUUUUAUUUUCGGAAAAUUUUCACAUUUUUUUUCAAAAAUAAAAAAUUCCCUGAAUUUUUAGGUCUAGAAUAGUAUAAUGGACCUGUAGAAAGCUAAAAAUAUGGUUUUGACAGGCCCAAAAUCAGCCUAGAAGCCUAGAAGGCCUGAAAAAAACUUUUUAGAUCAUUUUUCAAGAUUUUUCCUUCCGCCCAAAAUGACCCAAUGUGACCUCGGAAACAAAAGCGAAAAAAAUGACCUUCAAUUUUUUUUUUUUGAAAAAAAAAUGCCCCGAUCAUUUUCGGUUUUUCAUUUUUGAUUUUUUCUGAAAAAGUUAGGCUUGUCAAAAUAUUUUUUUAGGCUUAGGCUUAGGCAUCUUGAAUUCAGGCUGGUCAAAAAUUUCCUAGGCUGAUUUUAGGCCCCUCAAAAAUUUUUUAAAGGUUAUUUUUAGGCUGGGUUAAUUUUAGGCUGUCCAAAAACAAGCCUGAUUUUUAGGCCUAGCCUUAAGUUAAGGCCCUAUUAAGACCCUUAACCUCUAAUGUUCCAAAUUUAAUUCUUAAUUUAAUUUUUUGUAAUUUUUUUGUAACAAAAAAUUUCGAGAGGUCAUUUGCCCAACACAAAACCAGUUAUUUUUCGGCUGCUGAAAAAAUUUUUCUGAAAAUUUUUUUUCUGAAAUUUUUUCGUGAUAAGCAAAAAAAAGAAGAAAUGUCUGAUUUUGGUGAGUGAAAAAAUUUUUGGAAAAUUUUUGCCAAAAAAACAUUUUUGCAAACGGCAAUUAUGGGAUUUUGUUGAAACCGAAAAUUUUUUGAAAAAAGUGAAACCCACACAUUUUUUGACCUUGGAAAUUCGAGAAAAUCGGAAUUUUUUUCAAAUUUUCCGCCAAAAAUGCCACGUGGCGUGUAUUUUUAGAGCUCACAGAAAAAAGUGAGUCAAAUUUGACGUAUUCCAACUAAUCCUGAGCUAAUUCCCCACUAAUCUGAGCAAUCAGACUUUUUUUUCGAGAAAAAUUCAUUUUUGCUGAAAAUCUCCUGAAAAUUUGAAAAAUUCUCUGCGCUCUCUCAUUUUCCCACACUCUCUAACUCUGUAAAAAAAAGUUUUUUUUUUCAAAAAAAAAAAACUUCCGUAAUUAAAGAAGGUCAAUUAGGUCAAAACAAACAAAAAAAUUUUGUGUUUUCGAAAUUUUUUUUUUCAUUUUUCAAAAAAUGUCUUUUGAUUGAUAAAAAUUGAUUUUUUUUCAUCGGAAAAACUUGAAAGUUAACUUAACUUAUCAAUUUUCAUCAAAAAUUCGAAUUUUAGGUCAUUUCCCCCCAAAAAUUCAAAUUUUUCAGUUUCCCACCACUCAAAAUCGCCAUUUUCCGGCGCGAAAUUCGAAAAUUGGGGCCCAGAUAUGCAAGCCCUUUGGCCCUACAACAAUAAUCAGCAACAACAGAAUGCGGUGAAUUUCAAUUAUCGAUCGGUGACGUGGGAUCGAUACUAUGUUAAUGAGCAUUAUGAUAGUGAGUCAUUUUAUGGUCCCCAGGGUGAAAUUUCUUGAAAAAUCGAUAUUUUCACGUGAUUCUUCGUUAAAACUUGCCCCAGGAGCGAUUUUAGCGUCAAAAUCUGCCCCAGGAAUGCUUUUUAGGCUAAAAAUAACCAUUUUCCCAGCCUAAACUACAGUGCGUUUCAUAAUGAUAGGUUCACCCCCAAAAUUUCUGAAAUCAGCCGAGGUGUGAGUUGUAAUAACAAUCCGAGUUAAAAAUAAAAAAGAGCACACAAAAUUAGCUAAGAAAACUCAAUUUUAUCUGAAACUACCAAAUAAUAAAAAAAUAAAUGACCGGAGUUCAAAAAUUUCAAAAAAUUUAGCGUUUCAAAACGAUAGGUUCACCCGCAGUAGUACUGUAGUUAUGUUUCGUGGUAGGAGUUUUAUCGAAUAUUCUGGAAAAUACGAGUGAUAUUUGAUUAUUUUAACGUGUUUCUGUUUUUGUUCUCGUUUUUUCACGUCAUUCAUCAAUGUCGCGGGGAAGUCAUCUUACAAAAGAGGAACAAGCUCAAAUUAGAGCAUUCAAAAUCGCCGGAUGGUCCAAUAGAAUGAUUUCGUCAAAAUUGAAACGAUCUCUCAACUGUAUUAAUCAAUUUGUCAACAAUCCGGAUCACUAUGAGCGAAUGAAAAACACUGGAGCUCCCAAAAAACUCACGGAGAGAGAUAAACGAGGGAUUGUUAGGUUGGCUUCGAACACAAUGAAAUCGUGUAAUGACAUCAAAAACGAGCUGGGUUUGAAUAUCAGUAAGACUACAGUUUGGAGAGCCAUAGACCAAUCCCCAGAAAUCGUUCGAGCCAAAUUGGUGCCAGCUCCGCGUCUCACACUUCGCCACAAAGACAACCGUCUUACUUUCGCAAAAGCCAACAUGGCCACAGAUUGGGAUAAGGUAAGUAAUUUUUCUAAAAACAUCAAAUAUUGAUGUUUUCUUGUUCAGAUAAUUUUUUCUGACGAAAAAAAGUUUAAUCUUGAUGGUCCGGAUGGUUACAACUCAUACUGGCAUGAUAUCAGAAAGGAUCAACUUCGCUUCCCAAAGAGAAAUUUUGGAGGAGGACGGGUUAUGUGUUGGGGCGCAUUUUCUGCAGCUGGAACGUUAAAAAUAGCUUUUGUUUCAUUCAAGAUGGAUUCGUUAGAUUACCAAAAAACCCUCCAUGACUAUCUUUUGCCAUAUUUGAGGCGGUUCCGGACCAGAAUGUUCACUUUUCAACAGGAUAAUGCUGCCAUCCACGUCAGCCAAUCAUCAAAAGAUUGGUUCAAAAGCCACAAAAUCAAAGUUUUGGAUUGGCCAGCGUGUUCUCCUGAUCUUAAUCCGAUGGAAAACGUAUGGGGGGAGCUCGUUCGCCGAGUUUAUGCUCAAGGAAAAAAUAUGAUACUGUGGACCAACUCAAAGAUGCCAUCGAGACGGAAUGGAAUAAAAUCGAUAAGAACUACCUCAAGAGACUUGUUGACUCGAUGCCAAAUCGUCUCUAUGAUGUCAUUUCUAAACAUGGAGGUCCAACUAAGUAUUGAUUUUCGAUUAUAUGUCUCCAAUGGGAAUUCUGGAUUAGGUGAACCUAUCGUUUUGAAACGCUAAAUUUUUGAAAUUUUUGAACUCCGGUCAUUUAUUUUUUUAUUAUUUGGUAGUUUCAGAUAAAAUUGAGUUUUCUUAGCUAAUUUUGUGUGCUCUUUUUUAUUUUUAACUCGGAUUGUUAUUACAACUCACACCUCGGCUGAUUUCAGAAAUUUUGGGGGUGAACCUAUCAUUAUGAAACGCACUGUAUAGCAAACAUGCUCUAUCGCACAUUUCCCCGCCAAAUUCAAAUUUUCAAAAUUUUUGCAGAGCACGUAAAUGUGAGUAGCGGCGUGGCGGCUGGUGUAACAAUCGGGAUAUUCUUCGUGGUCUUCGUGCUGACCUUCGGCUGUCGAAUCUACUCGCAAUACAUCGACAGGGAUCAUGGCUCGAGUUCGGCGGCGAAUGGAGGUUAGAUUUUAGCGCAAAAAGAUGCGCCGCAAAAUUUAGAGCAUUUUGAGGCCCAAUUUGAUGAGGUUUUGGGAAAAUAAUCAAUUUUCCCGCCCGCAGUUUUCGGCGGGAAAAUUUGAAUUUUCAAAUUUUUUUGCAGAAUCCAUGAUGAGCGAGGCUAUCGCUUCAGAUAUGUGGAUCUGUGGACGACCCUCCGAACCACCGCCACCUUAUGAAAUCGCAAUUUUGAUGCCAAAAACAUGCCCACCAAUUUCGCAUGUUUGA